UCCCCGUGACGCCGGGUGGCGACUGGCUCCCGGGUCUGAGGGGCUCCUGCUUGUCAGGUUCUAGCUCAGUUCUUGGCUAACCCUAUGAUCACGUCCGUGAGACUUCACUGCACACUUUCUCAAGUGCCUUCCCUGUCCUUAAUGUGUAAUUCCUCACCAUGGACCUGCCAUGUUAGAUAAGGCACGGCCAGCAGUGCUAGUAGGAAGAAAUGUGCUGACUAGCAGGCUCAGGUGCACAGUGUGGAGGACAAGCUGUAUCUUACAAAAUGGGAUUUGGGAGUGACCUGAAGAACUCGCAGGAAGCUGUGUUAAAGUUGCAAGACUGGGAACUACGGUUGCUAGAGACAGUGAAGAAAUUCAUGGCUCUGAGAAUAAAAAGUGAUAAGGAAUAUGCAUAUACUCUACAGAAUCUUUGUAAUCAAGUUGAUAAAGAAAGCACCAUGCAAGUGAAUUAUGUCAGCAACGUGUCCAAGUCUUGGCUGCUGAUGAUUCAGCAGACAGAACAGCUUAGCAGGAUAAUGAAGACACACGCAGAGGACUUGAACUCUGGACCCUUGCACAGGCUCACCAUGAUGAUCAAGGAGAAGCAGCAGGUAAAGAAGAGCUACAUCGGCGUUCAUCAGCAGAUCGAGGCGGAGAUGAUCAAGGUCACAAAGACAGAAUUGGAGAAAUUAAAAUCCAGCUAUCGACAAUUGAUAAAAGAAAUGAAUUCUGCCAAAGAGAAAUAUAAAGAAGCCUUAGCCAAAGGGAAGGAAACAGAAAAGGCCAAGGAGCGCUAUGACAAGGCUACAAUGAAGCUUCACAUUCUGCACAAUCAGUAUGUGCUGGCCCUGAAGGGUGCGCAGCUCCAUCAGAGCCAGUACUAUGAUACCACACUUCCUCUGCUGCUGGACUCUGUGCAGAAGAUGCAAGAAGAGAUGAUAAAAGCACUAAAAGGUAUAUUUGAUGAAUAUAGCCAGAUUACUAGCCUCGUUACAGAGGAAAUAGUGAAUGUCCAUAAAGAGAUUCAGAUGUCUGUUGAACAGAUAGAUCCUAGCACCGAAUAUAAUAAUUUCAUAGAUGUUCACAGAACAACAGCUGCUAAAGAACAAGAAAUCGAAUUUGAUACUUCCCUAUUAGAAGAAAAUGAAAAUCUUCAAGCUAAUGAGAUCAUGUGGAAUAAUUUAACAGCAGACAGUUUGCAAGUAAUGCUGAAGACUUUAGCAGAAGAACUCACACAGACCCAACAGAUGCUCUCACACAAGGAGGCGGCGGUCCUGGAGCUAGAGAAGAGGAUCGAGGAAUCGUCUGAGAACUGUGUCAGGAAGUCUGACAUUGUGCUUCUUCUGGGCCAAAAACAGGCACUUGAAGAGUUGAAACAGUCAGCCCAGCAAUUGAGAUGCACUGAAGCAAAGUGUGCAGCACAGAAAGAAUUGCUGGAGCAAAAAGUCCAGGAAAAUGAUGGGAAAGAGCCGCCUCCUGUGGUGAAUUAUGAAGAAGAUGCGCGGUCAGUCACGUCCAUGGAGAGAAAGGAGAGGCUAUCCAAAUUUGAGUCUAUUCGACAUUCCAUUGCUGGGAUAAUUAAGUCUCCAAAAUCGGUACUCGGCUCUUCAACACAACUCUGCGAUGUGAUCUCUGUGGGGGAGAAGCCCCUGGCGGAGCAUGACUGGUACCACGGUGCUAUCCCCAGGAUAGAGGCCCAAGAACUGCUGAAGCAGCAAGGAGACUUCCUGGUGCGAGAGAGCCAUGGGAAACCUGGUGAAUAUGUCCUUUCUGUAUAUUCUGACGGACAAAGGAGGCACUUUAUCAUACAAUUUGUUGAUAAUCUCUAUCGAUUUGAGGGCACCGGGUUUUCAAAUAUCCCUCAGCUCAUAGAGCACCACUUCAGUACCAAGCAAGUCAUCACCAAGAAGUCUGGGGUGGUUCUGCUGAACCCUAUUCCAAAGGAUAAGAAAUGGGUUCUCAAUCAUGAAGAUGUUUCAUUGGGAGAAUUACUGGGCAAGGGGAAUUUUGGUGAAGUGUAUAAGGGCACACUAAAGGAUAAAACUCCUGUUGCUGUUAAAACGUGCAAGGAAGACCUUCCUCAGGAAUUAAAAAUAAAGUUUCUACAGGAAGCCAAGAUUCUCAAGCAGUAUGACCACCCCAAUAUUGUCAAGCUCAUCGGCGUGUGCACACAACGGCAGCCGGUCUACAUCAUCAUGGAGCUGGUCCCAGGAGGAGAUUUUCUGACCUUUCUGAGGAAGAGGAAGGAUGAGCUAAAGCUGAAACAGUUGGUGAAGUUUUCCUUGGACGUUGCCUCUGGCAUGCUGUAUCUCGAGGGCAAGAACUGUAUCCACAGGGACCUGGCUGCACGGAACUGCCUGGUAGGUGAGAAUAAUACUCUGAAAAUCAGUGACUUUGGAAUGUCUCGGCAAGAAGAUGGUGGAGUGUAUUCAUCCUCUGGCUUAAAGCAGAUUCCCAUUAAGUGGACAGCACCAGAAGCUCUUAAUUACGGGAGAUACAGUUCUGAAAGUGAUGUGUGGAGUUUCGGCAUCCUCCUCUGGGAGACCUUCAGCCUAGGGGUCUGCCCGUACCCCGGGAUGACAAACCAGCAAGCACGGGAGCAAGUGGAGAGAGGAUACAGGAUGUCAGCCCCACAGAACUGUCCGGAGGAGAUCUUUACAAUCAUGAUGAAGUGUUGGGAUUACAAGCCUGAAAACCGUCCCAAGUUCAGCGACCUUCACAAAGAGCUCACUGGCAUCAAGAAGAAGAUCACAUAGUGUCAGCAGGGCUAGAUGCCACCCGUAGGACUCUGUCCUCAGUCACCCUGACUUUAUACCACCUUACUGCAAUCAUCUUUGAAGGUUAUGUUUUUUAUUAACUGGGUUUUUAAAGUACGUUCCACUUUAAACUAUGUUAAAGGCAAAUUUAUUCAAGAAAUAAAUAGUCCUACCCAGGGCCAUAUUAGCUAACUGCCGCAACCCUACCAUUUGAUGCCACUGUAAAGAGAAAAACACAGGCCUAACAGGAAAGGGAAAGGUCUAUCUAUCUUUACUACCGAGGACCGCUGUGUGCGCCAAGGUUUCCACUCCAGGCGCAGCCUGUGCGCUGCUGUCUUCUGCCACAGGCCUCCUCGGUUGGUGCUAUAAACAGCCUUGGUAGCACAUGCUUGCAGGAUGCAUGCCCACCACAGUUGGCUCUCCACUCUGCCAAGGCGAGAUUGUAUCCAUAAAUAUAAUCAUAUAUUGGGAAUCUCUUGGACCUCCUAGGGUUUCUCUCUCUUUCCUGUCAGAACAGGCCCGGCGAGGACACCACACUCCCGUGUCAUUUUGUCUUUUACUUACCCAGGCCAGGCUAUGGAAAAUGGUGCAUGGAAAAUUCUCAGAGAGCUCAGGGAACAGAGGCAGCUGCUUUUGCAGGACAUUGCAGAGGACAGAGAUGACAGGAAGCAUGUGUGACUAGGAGGCAAGAUUGGGAAAGAGCAGCUAUCUGGCUUUUGCCAGGGAGAAGAAAAAAGAGUGCCUGCCUCCCUCCCAGACCCCAGCCCUCAGCCCUCAGCAUACCCUGUGUCUGCAGCUCAGUUCCCUAAGGAAGAGCUCACAGAGCCCAGCAGAAACUUUCUUAAAGACACUGAAGUCCACAGAGAGAACAGCAUGGUUCUAAUUGUGUAGCUUCAUCCUAGGAGACAGCCCCAGAAUGGAAUUCCCUUUUCUUGUACCAGUUUCUAGGUCUUCAGAAUCCAUGAUUCCCAUUUACAAACACAUCCAAUGUGUCUACUGAAGAGCAAGGCUGCUGUGAAUGAAGUAUUUGGGCCAGACAUCAAGUCAGUGUCAAUGAGAGACUCUAGGGACACCCGCCCACACCUCCAUCUGCUCUUCCCACUAGAAAUCUUACUGAUAAUGCACAGGUAUGCAAGCGCACCAUUAAAGGUAUCUCCUGUGUAUCUAAUGUACAUGAGGUAAAGCCAGGGGUGGCUGAACUGGAUCUAAGCUGUGUCCAGGACCUUCCCAUGGCCUGUGCCCAGUUGUCUGGGAGAUGGUCCCCACCCUGCCUGGCUGUGUAGACUGUAGGUCAGACUUUGAGGGAAGCAGCUGAAGAGAGUGACCUAUCCAUCACUUCAGUCUCCUUGUUGAUUUUAUAAUUUUAUAUACAUUUAGUGAUCGGUACACGCAGACUGAAGUAAAGGUGUAACGAGCCUGCCCGCAGCAUUCACUGCGGCACACAAGCCCGCUUCCUCCUCCACAGAGCUCUCCCAUGGGUCACAUCCUGUGAAUAAGCCGAGCGGCCUUCUGAUGGCAAAUGCCAUGGCAACCCAAGUGCACACUCAGGCAUUCACGCUAAGGGCCUGCUCUCCAGGCGUCUGCCAGCCCUCGGCAGAUAAGGCGUUCCCUUUCCGGAUCCAACUGAAUCUGUCUGUAAUACACUCUGUCCAUGAAAAGGAGGAAAAAACAGGCGCGCCCAGCAAGGGACGGGGCUGGCUUGCCUAGGCCUCUGUGAACAAGACGUGAAGUCUAAUCCCCGCGUCCUGGCGUAGAGAGCAUGCACUGAUGCUCACUCAUCCGGGCUGUUAGAAUUUGCAAUUCACAUCAUAACUCUCUGCUUAAAUUAAAACGGCUUUUCAAAACAUCGUGACAUCUGCAACAUUUAAAUUCUAUUUUAUCCUUUGUCCCAGAGCAGGCAGAGGUAUAGUUUAAGAUUAACUCAUCGGGAGCCUUUCAGGAUCAUGUCAGUCAUCCAGAAUAUUAAAUUUAACAUAGGCACAUGCAUUAAGGAAAGCUUAUGCAAAAUAUUCUUACUGUUAAUUUUGUUAUGCUUGAGGCAUAAUUUAUUCAUCCCUUCUGUCACUGAUAAUUAUUGGAAUUAUGUACUUUAGAAGGCUAAUCCAUACCCAAAAAGUGCACAUAUAAAUGCAGUUCUGAUUUGCAAGUUGAUUUAGGGAAAAGAGGCUGCAGAAAUGCACAAAACUCCAUGGCAUCUUUCCUUAAAAAAAUAAUAAUUGUAAACAGUGGUGCCCCGGUCCCACUGGCGUGGGCACAGGCAAGCCUGCUCACAGAUCUUAUUUUACUGUUCAAGAACUUUGUGGACCUGCUCGCAACUGUGCUCAUCAGCAUCCCUUCAGGUCAGCGGUCUGGUCAUGAAGGAGAAGGCUGUUGAGCAUGAACGGCCAUGACCGGCCUGCAGUGUCCACCUUGAGUCCCCAGGAAACCUUCCUGAGAAAUGGGAGGUCACUGUCAAAGACAGAAAACUUUUCUGUCAAGGCCACAUUUGAUGUGGAUUUCAUUUGAUUUAAGCUUUCUUCUUAAAGCCAUUUUCUUAGGAAGACGAUAAAGAAAAUUACUAGGCCUUUUUUCAGCCCUUCCUGCUACCCAAGUCCACAGGAGAAAGUCCCGUGUGGUUCUUUCUCCUUUUUCCAAGACUUCACAGGGGCAGUAGAGUUGGUUCCUAAUUCAUAGCUGGCUCCCUUCUCACAGACACCCAUCUGCACAGCCAAGUCAUUCAGUGCAUGGCUCACGGGGAAAACAAGUUCUUAAGACUGAGAUUGUGUUAGCACUGCUUCUUCCAUCAGCUAGCUCCUCUGACGUCACAGCACUGUGCUAAGACGGUUGUCAAGCAAGCAUGCCAGUGUUUCACGCCAGGAUCAGGCAGGAGUCCUGCUGUGCAGUAUGAUCCUCACGUGCUAUGCAAGUGUGACUGAACAUCAUCUUAAUGUGUGUGUGCACCGUCCCCGAAGCAGAGUGACAUCUAGGGCCGCCUGCCUGAGCCCCUUCCGUUUAGCACACUCCAUUUGUCACACUGUUGGCAUUCUCCCUGCCUCUUGUCAGUAGAUGUGACAUGACUGUCAUGGGAAGACAGGCUUUCCUAUUUGGAGAUCAGAGCCCUCAUACAAAACAGCACUGCAGCUGGGUAGGAGCUGCAGAGACACAGCUCACUUAUGUGACAGUAUCUUCCAUAGAUGGAAUCAAAGGUCUUAAAUGAAAAUCGAUCAUUAAAGUGGCAUGAGAGUUUACUAUGAAAAUAAAGUAUUUCCUCUUAUUAACAGAUUUACUAUACCAUUAGAAUGUUUUAUUAGAUUUUUGCUUUAUAAUUUUCUGGGCUUAUUAGUUUCAUGUCAAGUCUGAAUACUUUUUUUUGAGAACCCAAAAUGUCAUUUCUGCAUAAGAAAAGACCCUGAUUUAAAAGCCAGCAAGAUCACCCUGCUAGGAGUUACUGAGAGAGAUUUAAGCUCCCAUAAAAUGCCCCUUUGAAAGUCAUGUUCUAAUACAGAUGAUUAAUCAACUACAUAUCACCCUAUGUCAGUAUGAGAAAUGUCCCCCUCACCCCAGAAACCCAUGAAAUUCAGGACUAGCAUCACAAUCACUUUGCUAUCCUGACAAAUUUCUGGGAUGGUAGGAAAUAACCCUGCUGUGAAAGAAUUCAUUACACUGGCCAGGACAGAUGAGCUGGGGUGUAGUGGGUCUGUGGAUGAGUGGCCCAGGUAACCUGCAGGGAGGCAAACCAAGAAAGAACCAGCAUCACCAGGAGCCUGCGGAAACCUCCAGGGGCCAGAUCCUUUCCAUGCCAAACCAAACCAGAAAAGAGCGUCAGUCCCAAGACCACCUCCAUGCCAAGGCCUGUCCCUGCAGCAGGAGCCACUUGGUCCCCACUCAGUGCUGACACCGUGUGCCCUCGCUGUCUUCUGCACAGUGAACAACGUGUGGUCCUGCACACACUCAGUGCUCAGUCCUGAAGGAGAGUAGCCAAACCUCUAUGUCUUGUGCUAAUUAGCGACACUCCUUUUGAAGUGAAGGCCAGUCUUUUAUGCAAUAGAACCCGAUGGGCUGAAGUUCCCUAAGUGAGAACAUGCUUACAUCAUCUUGAGCUGCGUUUGACUAAAUGGUUCCUGCUGAUGGACGCCCCCGCCCAGAGCAGCACACCGUGCCGCCCUGCAUUCUGGAGGGAAACAAAUCUGCAGGACGGUGGACAAGUGGCCAUGGUUUUUGACUUUACACUAGGAACGUUUGGGGGAGAGAAAAAUAGCCUAAGAAGCAUUCUGAGGCAGAGCACAGUGCAGCAGGGUGAGGGGUGGGCAUCCCACAUUGGGGGCCCGGGAAGACAGCACUGAGAACACCUGGGCGGCCCAGGGGAAAGCCUAAAGCCCAGUGAAUGUGGAGCCAACCUCGGGCUGGGGCGUGGCCUGCUGCUGCACAGCACCAAAAACAACAGGCCUCAAGCCUCCAGCCCUUGCAUGAAGGGCUUGAGUUGACUGCCUAUCUUAUGUUCCCUGCUGUCUCAGGAAUCCGCAGCUGUUUCUCAGCAAGACUGCAGAGGGUGGGAGUCAAGCCCAUUUCCUUUAGUAAGCACAGAUAAACUGAGUAACUGCCUACCUGAGAAUGAGUCGCCAGCGCUACAGGGAAAUGGCUGUGAAUGUUUCUGAGUUCCACUUUAUUAAUGAAGAACUAACAGGGCAGGUUUGGCUUCCUUACUAGCAAACUCGUAAGAAUCCUCAAACAAGAAUAUUAAAGUCUCUUCUUGAAUUGCAGAACUGUGCACCAAAACAUCUGUUAAACCAGUAAGAUGCAAGGUGUAUACCCCAAAGGGUAUAUACAUAGUAUUAACAGACCUGCCACAGAGUGGUUCCCCUCAUAUCUUCCACGUAGGGCCCAGAUUCUGUUCUUGUUUUUGGCUUCUCAUUACUUUGUUGCUUUGCCAUAACAGAAAGGCCUUCAUCAUUGGCUUAUAAACACAGGGGUGUCUUCUCAGGACUCCCUGCCUUAUAGGGAGUAUGCAGACCCAGGAAGCCAGAGCGCACAGCCUGUGAGUGCGACGGCAUGCCCAGGUGCCAAGCGCGCUGUAUGAGCAACCUUAUCAGCAAGGCUUUAAGGGAAUUUAAGGACAGAAAGACUGCUGUCCAUCGGCAUGUCCAGGUUGAAAAUGUCCCUAUUCUCUCAGGCUAGUAAGCUGACCCCCUCCUAAGGAAAUGUAGGAACAGAAUAGUCUACCGUAAAGCCCUGGGCAUCCAAUCUUCCCACACACCUGUCUACGCUAACCCACUUUGUAUCUUCUGUUCCCUUCUUACGAGCAAUAUCUAAGUUGUUCAGUUACAUCAUGUUAGAUGAUUUCCCAGAGCCUCAAGAAAGAGGGAAGGCUGAGGCCUGAGUUCAAAGCCGGCCAGCCUUCCUGCACAGAUACCCAGAACACUGUGAAAACAUCACCUCUCCUUGGGAGUUCCCAAAGCAGCCUCCUUCCUAGAAAACCGGACAUUACCCCUCUUUCCUGUUUGUUGGAAAUUUCUAUAGCAUCAGAAUAAGUAUGUAAUAAAUGCUGCCCAGCAGGUCCAAGACUGAUCCAGUAGGAAGCCAGGUGUCUUCCUGUACCACCAGCACACAUCCAAACUCUACUUCCUGUUUUCUUCAUGUAGCACUGAAGUUAGUUGCCUGACAAUCAUUACAGAGCAAAACGUGAGCCUGUCUUCCCCAGGCCCAGGUCUCUAAGUAGCCUGUGUUCAGAACCUUCAGGGCUAAGAGAGAAUUAGACAGACAGAUGUGGAUGGACACCACAUCUGUGUAAGAAAACCAUCCUCUUUCAGCUCACCAGUCCAUGCUUUUUCUUUCUUAAACCAAAAACCAUCUUAUUUAAGAAUCGUCCUCUUACAAAGGACUUGAUGGAGGAAACUUGCUACCAACUUGUAAGAAAUGCCAGACUAGUGUGUGGACACAGGGGCAGGAAGGCAGCUUGCGCCUCGCCCAGAGGAUGGCUGUAUUUAGAUUGGAUAUGGGGUGCUGAGGAGGCCCAGCCCGUGUUGGCUGGAGUUGCUCCUGUGGAGCAGCAAUCAGAAAGACAAUACUACGAGAAACACAGUCUCCCCCCAAAAAAUAUGAAUUUCCUUUCACCCCUUGGGUCCUGGGCCUCCCACACGCCCAGGGCACAGGACGUGAGCACAUCCCAGUGGAGGCAUGCUUACUCAGUGCCAGCGAGACUGCUGUCCAGUUUCAGCAGGUUACUGCAGGUGUACUGAGUCAUCAAGAGGUUCUGAUCAGAUCCAACAGAAAGAGAAGCUCACUCGCUUCCAAUCCACGACUGCAGCAGGCAGAGACUGAAAAUACCCUUCCGUCAGCCGGGAUUUCACCUCGCUAACAUGUCUGUUGUUACUCAGCUGUGUCCUGUGAUAGUUCCCCAUGUGGACAUAGUUCUCGUAUGACAGUCCCCUUAUCUUCCUCCUUCAUAAACCACCGAGACUGCCUGUGGAAUCAGCUUCUGCAGUCAAACACCUAAAGAUUCUGUGUUUAAAUGCCUGUAGUCAGUGUUUCAGUAUAUAAAUGAUUGAACAGCCAGGGUCUGGGGAUGAACAGUGAUUCAUUCUGUUCUCUUUGCACUAUAGUUUGUGUGUAAGCGUCUUUGUUUGGUCUGGGUGCUUUCGGUGAGUCCUCGAAAGUGUGAUAACUCUCGGAAAGCACAACCACGCAACCACACCGAGUGAAAGGAUCCCUGGAAGUAGAAGAAAAUUAAAGUGAGCUCUCAGAGACCCACACACUACUCUGACCUCCUCAGGAGUCCAAGCCAACCAAGCACAAAAGCAAAAUACCCAACUGGUGCCAGGCUGUCAGCCGGCUGAGUUCCCGGCAUGGGCCCACAGAGAGCGGGUACAGAAUACAGUUUCCUGCGUUGUUUCUCUGCUUGUUACUAGAGAUGAGCUCAGUGGUGAGGGAGAAGGGCUACCCUCAGCCAGCUGGGGGCUGGUGUUCCAUCUGUAAUCAGCACUGUGAGCUGAGCAUCUCUGUGGUUCACGGAGUUUCUUCAGUGCCAGCGGACAGCCAUUUUAAUGUCACAUUGAAGCGCCUUUAAUCUUUUGUUAUUAUUAUUACUUUAAAAUAAUGUAUUUGUGAAGUGGAUAAAAGAAACACUGGAAAUAGGGUGCUUCUGAAGAUGUCAAGUAUAAAAUAUAUGAACAAGGUCCGUGGUGGUUUACCUGGCUUUGUAAACAACCCUGAAGAUAGAUGACAGCUCCACGUAGGAAGGCUAGUUGUCUGCUUUGCCCGAUUGUAUCUCAGAUCUGUAUUUAACAAGUAUUUAUUUGUUAAGUUUUACAUUCAGAAGAAAUACACUUUGGGUUUGGGCUAACAUUAUAGAACGUUCUGAAAUUUUGCCUUCUACUUUUUUUUUUAAUACAAUUUCAUCAUGUUUUGUAAAUUAAGGCCACUUUUGGACAGCCUUCUUCUACCGGAGACCAAUUACCAUCCUAUGGUCUGCAGAGCCUCUUUUCAUUAUGUCCUUGUAAUAAUGUAAAAUAUUUACAGCAAACUA